AUGGCAUACAACCAAGACAGCCCCCAGGCCAUUAAUCAGCCUGACAGCGGUACAGGUACUGACAGCAAGCAACCCGAACCGCGCACUGAAAUGUCUCCUGGAGGCCUGCUGGAUGAGAUUGAUUUCGAGCGAUACAUUAUACAGGACAUGGAAACAAAUAAUUUCUUAUGGUCAGAUACCGAGUUUGCGCAGCCCAAUACUACCGAGCCAGAGCUGGAGUUGGCCUUCUUGACACUCAAGGACAAGCACGAACUCAGUAACACGCGGCUCCCUUUAGACAGCACCUUAGGUAAUGUCCCUGUCCACACCUUUAGAGACCUUCUCGCACAUUCGAUCACAGCCGCUACAUUCGGGCCCGCGGUGGAAAAAUUGAUGCAGGCCUUUAUCAGUUUGGAGAAUCUCGGUCGUGCAUAUAUCGCUGGUUUCAAGGAGUAUUCGGAAACCGAUGAGUACCAGAAGAGAUUUCCCGAGUAUCAGGAAGCGCCAUUGGCACCAUGCGCUCAAAACCCUUACCAACAAGUUCUACAAGGAAAGUCAAAGAAAAGUAAACAUGGCCGCAAGGGGCAGAAAACCACAAUCUCACUUAGCACGGUGGACCUUGAGCAGGCAUUGAAGAUUGCUGGCCAGCAAUGGUCAAUCCCGUCUCCCGAGGAGAUUACAGCGGAAAGCCUCUUCAUUGACCGCGUUCAAGGUACUCUGACCAGUGUACCCGAAAACUCGCAAUCAUAUGCUGAAACCAUGGCCUCAGAAUCCCCAGCCCUUACGCCUCAGCAGUCCAGUCGCUACAUCUCACUUGCUUCCAGGCCGACCCCUUUGGAGCGCCAGCAUACACCGGACAACGCUCGUUCAGAAACUCCGCCCGGGCACCAUGCCUGGCAUGAGACACCUGCUCCUAGAACCCCGAUUGCGGCCGUGGGGACUCCCCGCUCUGGCUCGCGGCAGGGCACGCAGUUUACCCUGGUUAACCAACGCCUCCCGGGCAGCCUUCCACCCUCUCCGACGCUACCAUGUGCCACAACCAAUGCUUGCGAACAGCGCGAGCCAUUGGCAUCUCCCAUGGCUGAGGAGCCACCCACCCUGUUGCAAUCUGGGCACGGUGCCCGGGAUGAGACGCCCGUGCCCGCGCGCCCAACCACCGCCGAGAGCAAUUCCACCCCGGAGAGCCCAAUUACGGUCCCUUCCACGUCUGGAAACGGUCCCCAAGAUAAGACGCCCCUGCUCGUGAGCUCAAACACGACCUCGCAAAAUAACAAGCGCGCAGAUAAGGCGCCGACCGCAGGUUCAGAAAUCGGGGUGACCGACUAA